GCAAUAUAUUCGGUAGAUGUUGUGCAAAAAAGCGGGAAAAAACAAUGAAAAAUUUUACAAAUUUUGGCAAAAAGAACGCAGGUAAAGCUAAAAACAUGGCUAAAAUUGUGACUUUACCAACGGGAUUAAAUGGUAAGCAGUGGUUUUAUAGUUUAUCCUCAUUUUUAAUUUUAAUAUUGUCGUAUUGUUUCAAUUUAUAGCAUAUUAAUAUUAUUUACAUUUUAGAAAUACAUUUUGUAAAUAUUUGUUUAUGUUUAUCUUGAUGGAAAUACUAUGUCUUCUGCCCAUGAUAAAGUUAUGGUAGAUGAUUCAAUUGUUGCAAUAGUUGUAGGCAGAUUAUAUUCUAUCAAUGGUUUUCUCCAGGUAUUUUUCCCUACUAGAAAGAACAGUUCAGAAUUGAUAAAUCUAAAGAGGGUGGGAAAGGGGGGAGUAUGGAUCACGUUUCACAACGAAAAAAAAAGCCGAUUCACGUGUCUUAAAAAAGCAAUUUCAUGGAAAACUAGAUUUUCAUAAAAUAAUAUAAUAAAUAUAAUACGUUUAUUAAGACUAUGUUUAAUGCAUGGUACAGUAUCUACGGUUUAAGUUCUUUCAUUUCUCUACCUGUCAGUUAAAAACUACAUCAUAACUUACAUGUUUGAGUGUGUGUCCUCAGCGCCAGGAACCUUGUCCUUAGUGAGGGGGGCAUUGGGGAGUACUCAAUACCGUAAUACCGCAGGCAAAUUUUGUCAAUUGCCGCAGCUUUUGAGUCCAAAUUGUAACUACCGUGUACCGCAAGAUUUCCAAUAUCGUAAUACCACAAUUUUUCAAGGAAAAUACUGAAAUACUGUAAGAAAAAUAAGCUAAUACCGCCAUACUGUAAAUCCCAAUGUCCCCCUCCUCAGUGCCAGAAACCUUGUUCUCAGCGCCAGGAACCGUGUCCUCACCGCCAGGAACCUUGUCCUCACCGGCAGGAACCAUGUCCUCACCGGCAGGAACCUUGUCCUCACCGCCAGAAACCUUGUCCUCACUGACAGGAACCUUGUCCUCACUGCCAGGAUCCUUGUCCUCACCGGAAGGAACCUUGUCCUCACCUGCAGGAACCUCGUCCUCACCGGCAGGAACCUUGUCCUCACCGGCAGGAACCUUGUCUUCACCGGCAGGAACCUUGUCCUCAGUGUCAGGAACCUUGUCCUCAGCGUCAGGAACCUUGUCCUCAGCGUCAGGAACCUUGUCCUCACCACCAGGAACAUUGUCCUCACCGGCAGGAACCUUGUCCUCAUCGGCAGGAACCUUGUCCUCACCGGCAGGAACCUCGUCCUCAUCGGCAGGAACCUUGUCCUCACCGGCAGGAAUCUUGUCCUCACCGGCAGGAACCUUGUCCUCACCGGCAGGAACCUUGUCCUCACCGCCAGGAACCUUGUCCUCAGCGCCAGGAACCUUGUCCUCAGCGCCAGGAACCUUGUCCACACUGCCAGGAACCUUGUCCUCAGCGCCAGGAACCUUGUCCUCACCGCCAGGAACCUUGUCCUCACCGCCAGGAACCUUGUCCUCAGCGCCAGGAACCUUGUCCUCAGCGCCAGGAACCUUGCCCUCAGCGCCAGGAACCUUGUCCUCAGCGUCAGGAACCUCGUCCACACUGCCAGGAACCUUGUCCUCAGCGUCAGGAACCUUGUCCUCAGCGUCAGGAACCUCGCGAAAGGCCUCCGAAGUUUUUACUCUUGUGCAAUCGAGUGAGAUCAUAUAAAUUUGAUUAUCGCGUAUCAUGUUUAUUAUAAUAAUCACUAUAAUAAUCACAGUUCACGAAACAGGCAUCCUUAAUUCUCAUUUCACGGAACAUUUUUAUCAACAAUCACGCCUCACGGCUGUAGAACAAAUCACAUUUCACGACACUAAAAUCAAGCAUUUCACACGAACAAAUAUUCACCAUUCACGGCUCACGAAAAUACCCUUUCCCACCCUCUCUAAAACCCUGUUUUAACGGAUCCAACAUUGUUGGGCCAACAUCAUCCAACAUUGUUGAAAUAAUGGCCCAAACGGCUUCUUUUUCAAAUAUUUUUGUCAAGACUAGGUUUAGAGUUUGAGUAAAGCUUAUCUAACCAAAAAGAUUUGAAAGAGAAGCAGUCAUAUCUAUUAUUGUUGGAUCUGUUUAAACAGGCCUUAAGUAUUUGACUUUGAUUCACGCAUUAGCUUUGUUUAGUUUGGUCAGUGAGAAGCUAAGUUAAAUUCCAAGUCGAGUUUUCACUUGUGCAAGCAAAUCAAAUUAACCCAUUGAAUAUGGUAGCACUCUCCCCUUGACAAGUAAAAUUGUCUGCUGUUAGACAAAAUGAGAAAGUACGGUGCUUCACGGUGCAUCAGGGUGCAUUGCCACAUAAAGGGUUAACUGCUAACUAUCAAGCUGUGAACAAAAAAUGGUCAGACAAGUCUGUACCAGUGUAGGUAGUGGCAAUAAUAAGAAAGCUUCAGAUUGAUAGGGAUACAACUACCUGAAAAAUACAAGGAGAACUUCAAUGUUUUGAUCGAAGGCCCUUUGUCGGGAAGUUAGUGAAGGGCCUUUGAAAGGCCUUUGCUUGAAAUGUUGAAGUUCUCUCUGUAUUUUCAGGUAGUUGCAUCCCUAUGAAUCCAAAGCUUUCUAAACAAAAAACAUGACAAUUGAUCCAAAAAUUACAGGAGGGAAUUGUGACUUGCAAGAAUGUGUUUCCAUGGCAGCAGCUGUGUUGAAAGAAGGAAAAGUGAUUGCCCUCCCUACGGAUACUGUGUACGGCAUCGCUGCACUUGCUCAGUCAACUGACGCUGUACAGAAACUGUAUGAAAUCAAAGGCAGACACUUUGAGAAACCAAUUGCAAUUUCUGUUGGGAAUAUUCAAGAUGUCCACAAGCAAGUACAUUUUAUAUAUUACAUCUUUUUUACUGAGGAAAAAAAGAAGAUCCUCCUUAUGCCGAUUGUUCAAUGAGGGUUGGUGUGUACAAUUUGUCCCCAAGCCACCGUUCCGGGCGUAAGUGCAAGGGUAUUAAUAGGUAGAUAUUUCACUAGUUUCACUAGUUCCCCAGAACACUGCUGCCUAUAGCUCCCUCCUAUGCACUUUGUCAACAGUCACACCUUCAACUAAUGCCCUAGCUUUCAUUUUUCCACAGAUGGGGUAAAACUACAUUAGAUGAAGAUAUACUUUCACAACUUCUCCCUGGAGCUGUGACAUUGGUGUUUGAGAGACAACCUGAGCUCAAUACAGAACUGAAUCCAUAUACAUCCUUAGUUGGGAUUAGAAUACCAGAUUAUGAAUUUAUCAGGCAGUUGGCAAUACAUUGUGACUCUCCUCUGGCGUUGACUAGUGCAAACAAAAGUGCAACGAAAAGCAGCUUGGAUAUCAAGGUAAAGCUAUUCUCAGUUGUUGGUGUCCAGUGUGGGUUGUAUUGUACAAUUCUCGGGUAUUGUAUGUCCUUAUGUGGGGGUCAAGGUUCUGUGUCGAGGGUAAAGGAUGGCUUUUACUGUAUAUUGUUGAAUUGUAUUGGCUUUUAUAAUAAUGUAUAGUUGGUGUCUGAACAACCUGCAAAAGACUAAAAUACUUUAAUUUCAAUGUUGCUGGUGAAAGCUCCUUGUCAUAAUGACAGAGCCAGAAGUCAGUUGGACACUACAGUAUAUAAACAAAUAAUAAAACAUUUUGAAACAACCUCAAAACACACUGUGGACACAAACAUAGAAUUAGUUCACUUAGAAUUGGUGUUCUUCAUGUAACUAUAUAGGAAUUCCAAGAUUUGUGGGAACAUCUUGCAGUUGUGUUUGAUGGAGGUACAUUAGGGGAUACAGAGGAAUGCCGCAAGGGAUCAACAGUUGUAAAUUUAGCCACACCAGGGACAUACAAGAUUAUUCGAGAUGGAAGGUUGGUAACUAGUAAGACCAUGGGUUAUAUUGUUAUGUUAUGGUUACAAGGCCUUUAAUAAUCCGUCUCUGGUUAUAUUAUCCAUCAAGAUCAGGGCUUGAAAUAACGUUCCCAAAGUUCCCGAUCAUGGUGAUCGGCAGUCAUGACUUUCCCUGCUUUUUUCAGGUUGGAAACCCUGCUUUUCCGCCGAUCAUAAGCAAUUUCUUGCCGAUCAUUGAUCGGCUGUUAUUUCUAGCUCUGCAAGAUUCAUAUUAAUUAAUAUUUCACGAAAGCUUAGUAUUGUAUAUUUUUUCUAGUGCAUUGUUGAAAACUUCUAACACUCUUCACAAGUUUAAUCUGAAAGAAAGCCAAAGCUAGAUAAUUUGAUGUGCAACAUUAAAGUGAUUCAUCUAUAUCUAUUAAGGUAAUAUACCGUAUGUGCCCAAAACCAUGGGUCAUCUAAGGCCAUUUCCCAUCUAUACCCAGGAAAAACACAGAACACGCAUUUCAAUUUUCCAAACUUUGUGUAAUACCAUUUUCAUAAUUAUACAUAAUCCCAAUAUUGCUUUUACCUGUGAAUGUUAAAUAAUUAUUUAAAAAAAGUUCUAAAGAGCCACGCAUCCAAAUAUACACAGCAGUGCUCAGCAGACCUGUCCAAUCCUAGCCUACGUAGUGGGCGUUUACUUGCUUGCGGGCGGCGAGUACGCAGGCUAGUCCGUGAGUUAUCAGUCGCGUUGUCACGUGAGUUAUCAGUCGCGCAGUUGAGUCCAGCUCAACUUUCAUGGAGUAUCCAGCACCGUCGCGCGCUUAAAUCUGCGGUGAACAAUCUUAAUGGAAACGGCUGUCAAGCCCUUGUUGCAGACAUCUUUGCAGUCUUACGGAAAAAAUUCCGAUGGCGACGUCCAACAUUCCUCAUUCACCCGUGCAAACAGUGUUCCGAAGUGUGAUUUUUGUUGCGGAAAGAAUAUUUCCUGGUUUGCCCAACUUCGCGAAACAUGACUAGGAAACAAUGUUUCCUGGUUUGCCCACCUUCGCGAGACAUGCUAGGAAAGAAUCUUUCUACCAGAACUGAAUACUUCCUAGUUUACCUAUGUAGGACUUUAUAGUAUGUGUUUAAUAGAAAAUGACUGUCUUGCGCUAUGAUAUCAAUCAGUUAUACCGUAAUAUAUUCAUGAACUUGUUUUAAACGCCGAAGUUCUCACGCUUGUUGCUGUUUUUGCCUCGCGUUUUACUGCUGAUGUUGUUUGUUGCGAUUCAUUAGUCUUUUUGUAAUUGGAAAUUUUUCGUCUUUCAUCCCCUGUCCAAGAUUUUGUAUCCUCUGUUUCUUGUGAUUUUACACUCGAACGCCUGGAGUUUCCCACCGUUGAAACUUUGCUAGUUCGGUUGUUGAUUGAGUUUUUCCUCGCGUUUUCUACUGCCUGUUUGGUGUCUUUGCUCGUAGUUCUGCAUGCGGUGAGACUUUCUUUUGCUAACUUGAGCAUAGACGUUUUGGUGUUAGCUUGAUCUAAGUGAAAUAUGAGAGGAGUCUGAAUACAUGGCUGUUGUCUUCAACUUAAGAGGAACCGUUAAGGUCAACGGUUAAACUUGGACAGCUCUAUUAGUUCUAAACUGGUCUAGUAAAGGUCUAGUAAAGGCAGUACAGCAGGUCUUGUGCAGGCAGUACAGCACACUACUGCAAAGUCUUGCUUGACUACUGUAUUUGAAUUGUAAUUGUUGUUCACAGUUCGCUUAUCAUCAUGUUAUUACUCAAAUUACUGUAUCUCAUUUUGUCUCUAAUAAUUUUUUGCUUUAUCAUGAAAAAUAGCACCACCCCUGCACCCCCUCUGGCCAGGGCUAGGGGGUGCACCCUCCCCUCCCCGCACACCACCAGUAAAUCCAUCCCUGUACUAUAGUAUCGCUAUCAAUCUGAAGCUUUCUUAAAAAGGACAAACCUUUAACUUUCUGUCGUUGCAGACCAUUUCGUAAUUGUUCUACAUUUUGAUCAGUUUUCUCUUUUAUUUCUUUCGCUUCGACUGCUUUUUGUUUGGUGUCGUUCCCGCGUGAUUUCUGGUUAGCGCCCAGCACACUUUCCUUUGAAGUUUGCUCUUUCACAGUGGCGUUUGAUGCUUUUGAAACCACAGCUCUUUCGAUCUUCUCACUUAACCCAUUCCUAUUCUUCGAAUCAUCCACUGCACUUAUUUUUUCAACAUUUGGUGCUAUGCCUUUGAUAUUGUUUCGGCUAUUGGCCGAACCUUUGCCGGCAGUCGUCGAACUUUUCUCCUCAGGCGACGAACCUUUUCCGGCAUCCGUCGAACGAUCCACGACAAUUACCGACACGCAUUUAUCAUACUUAUCAGCCAACCUUGCGACAUCGUUCUUUCUUGUAGCGGGGAGUCUGGUGUUGGAAGAUGUAAGAGUCCUGGGUGCUAGUCGUGUCGGCGACAUGGGGGACUGGCGAGAGAGUACGGAACUUUUUCCCGCCACAACAGGAAUUUUUGAAGAAUUGUCCGGCUUGUAAAGUGUUCUCCUAGGUAUGACUGCUUUUUGAGCGGUUUGUUUUGAAGGUGUUGCUUUUGCCUUUAACGAUUGUGUUCUUGUUGUUUGCCGUGAUGCCGCUGUACUGGAGGUGCUCAGACGCUGGCUUGUUGGCUGAAAAAAUAAUUGAUUUUAAAACGUUUAGAAUACCAUUUAUAAAAUAACAUGUAUAUAACGCGUGUUCUGAUUGGUCAAAAGCCGUGUUUGGAUCAGGCCAUCCAAACACGGAAGACUAUCGUGUUGUUGUUAUUUUAUAAAACAAUUACUUUAUGGUUUCCGUGUUUGGAUGGACUGAUCCAAACACUUGGGAAUGUUGCUCGAGUUAAGAAAAGCGGGCAAAAUCACUCGCUAUUCCCGCGUGUUUGGAUCAGGCCAUCCAAACACGGAAACCAUAAAGUAAUUGUAUAAUACCUUUACUGACAUUACCCCACCAUUUAACAAGAAGUUGUGGUUAAUGCCCGUGAACUGGCCUCUGUAGCUCAGUUGGUUAGAGCGGCUACGCCGGAAUCGCACGGCCGCAAGUUAGAAGUCUUAUAGCAACUGCUCUUUUCGCUCGAAAUUCCAUCUAUCUCAAACCCAUCAACAAUACUUUAUAGUUCUAACUGUUCUCCCUGGCGGUCCAGUUAAGGUCCCUUAUUGUUCAAGCUCUCUCUAAUCCGUUCUCCCGAGAAGUCCAAUAAAGUAUUUCAUUGGUCCAGUGCCGCCUCGUACCCAGGCGCUUUGGUUUGAUUAUCGCAACACGUAAGUCAAACUGAAAGUACUCAUCAUAUCCUAGGCGAGAUUUUAUCUAUGCUGCGGGAAUUGAACCCUUAUCAUUGACAGUUGGUUUAUAAAACCAUGCAAUAAUCUUCACUGAAAAAAUGGAAUUUUGAAAUACCUUCGCUGUUUCUGCUACUUUACUAGACACAGACGAAAUUUUUGCGUUCAUCACCUCAAUUUUUGACAAUCCACUUCCAGCCGUUCCUUGCUUACUAUUCACCCCAUUUACCCUUCUACAACCCUGCUCGUCCUUGACACCUCCACCUGUCUUGUCUCCGCCAUGAAAUACAUGAUGUUGUACAGUAGCUUGUUCCUGUUCGUACGUUGUUUUAUGGUUCUCCCCUAACGAGUCGCGCUUUAAUACAACCCCUUUGUUCGUGUAUAAGUGGGUAACAGUUCCCGAGGUGUUUGUUCCGGGGUCUUCAUUUCGUAUAAGUGUACCAUUCUCCGGGAUGUUCCCGAGAAGAAGUGCAUCACAGGUACAUUUUUCUGACUUUGUAUCAGAAUUUACGACUUCGGAAGUAUCCACUAAAGUUUUUGAAUUCUCAACCGCAGAAUUGUUGUUUAUUUUAUCUUCGAUUCUCAUGCGUUGUAUAAUGGGCCCUACGUUGUCCGUAUUAUCAAUACUUGUUCGUCUCGAGGUGCUUACGGCACUCGACAGCGACUCGUCGGGCUCCGCGUGCCGUCGCCGAACCUUCGGUGAUUUUCGUCGUUGAAGUCCCUCGAAGUAGUUUCUUCUACGGCCAGGCUUCGGGCUGUUCGUAGAGUUCCGUGGACCGCUCGUUAAGCCACGAAGGCUCCGGCGAGCAGGCGAAAAUUUCACGAGUGCUACUCGUUUGACUGUACAUAAUUUGGGUUUGGCUUCAGGGUUCGUUGUUGAGUGAGGGGUGGAGUCGUGACUUGAACUUUUUCCACCUUUUGAUUUUUCUUCAUUUUUCAUAGCUUUCUUUUGUCGAAUUAAAGCGACUUUGAUAGUUUUAAAAGGGUUCUCCAUGAUAUGUGUUUUAGGCGAAGAAUAUUUCACUAGACCAUUCUUUUGGGUGUGAUGGUUGGGUGAUGGUUGCUUAUGUUCUGGACUUGAUGGUGGUUUGGACUCAGUCAACUGUAUGGUAGGUGGUGGUGUGUUGAUGAGUUUUGUCUGCUCUCGCUCGUAGCGUUCUAACCGACGAACUAGCAAGUGGUACACACACGAGUUCUUGGUCGCCCUGUUGGAGAAAUAUUUUUUAAUGAUAGUUUUCAUCCUGUGGUUUGUCAUUUCAGAUUUUAGCUGAAAUGACUCAAGUCUGGAUGAAACGAGAAUGAGAGUUGGCAGUCACGCGAGCUUGGUUAGCUGUUCUUAAUGCUUUCCCAACACUAUCAUGUAUUCUAUUUAAGUUGAAACGUAAUUGGAACACUCGGCAAACCUUUAUUUUGUUCAUCUAGAGCUUGAAAUGUCCCUCAUCAACUCUCAUCCUCGUUUGACCGGGGAUUUAGCUAACUUCAGUUAUACUGGAUAAUGCUAUCAGUUCCAGACUGUUCUUCCUAUACUGGAUAAUUCAUACAGUUCUAGACUGUUCUUCCUAUACUGGAUAAUUCUAUCAGUUCUAGACUGUUCUUCCUAUACUGGAUAAUUCUAUCAGUUCUAGACUGUUCUUCCUAUACUGGAUAAUUCAUACAGUUCUAGACAGUAUGACAAACAUUGGUUACAGGAGGAAACCUAAACUAUGCUAUAACUUUAUUCAUACUUCGAUUUGUGGAGCAAGUCUUCGAAACAUACAUACUUGUUCUGAAUGACGUCACGUAUUACGUCAUCACUGUUAAGUUUCAAUUGUUCCUCCACGUGAUCCAGAAUACGAUCAUCUAAAUCUUCCUCGCAAAGAUAGUUGGGACACGGGAUGAGUCCCAGAGGAUCCCUCUGAUCCAUAGUUAUCCAUCUAUGUCUAACGGCUUCCAGUAUGUGCAGUCUUUCUUUCGGGUCUGGAUUUAAAAGUUGAUGAGUCAUGUCUUUGCACGCUGAAAAUUUCAGUAAAAUAUGUUAGCACACCUGGUAUAAAACCCUCCUCAAACGCGAGAGUGAGAAUUGAUGAGAGUUAAGAAGCGAGAGUUCACAUGAGAGUUGAGAAGCGAGAGUUUGCAUGAGAGUUGAUGAGAGUUGAGAAGCGAGAGUUUACAUGAGAGUUGAUGAGAGUUGAGAAGUGAGAGUUUGCAUGAGAGUUGAUGAGAGUUGAGAAGUGAGAGUUUGCAUGAGAGUUGUUGAGAAGCGAGAGUUUGCAUGAGAGUUUUCUCAACUUUGAUGCCCCGGUCAAAGGAGAACAAAACUGGCAUGAGAGUUGACUGGAUAUUAAAUUCUAAACACGUGUAUCCUACCUUCUGAUAAAUAUUCCGGUAUUGCGUUCAUCUGUCGUUUCAACAUCUUAUUGUACAACGUACUGAUAUUGAACGGUUCUACUGUGUAUGGUAAACGUCCUGUUAACAUUGCGUACAGAUUUACACCACUAAAACACACAAGAAAACAAUCGUUAGCCAGUGGGAGGAACUUAUGGCAGGAAUCGCCGGUGCAGUGCUCUAACCAACUGAGCUAUAUAGGGAUCAUUUGUUCAUGUAUAUAUAGAUUUUCGAGUGUAUAUAUAAAUUUUUGGUUUCCUACUGCAGUACGAUUGGAAAAAUAGGUGGGUGUCAAGCAAUCCCACGAGACUUUAACGCUAAGGCAGAUGGAGGUCAAAUAAUGAGAUUCAAAUUAGAUUCUUUUGUUUAAUUAAACACAGAAGGUCAUAGAAUGGAAAUUGUAUGGAUCUUUAUUGGAAAUAGAACGGAUUUUGGUUAUCCAUAAUAAUUGUAUAUUUCCAUACUAUGGGAAUAGUAUGGAUAUAGUAUGAAUUUAGUGGUGCAAUUGCAAAUUUCGUAGUAUGGAUUUCACUUUUUUUUCCAGUGAAAUGCUCUCCAUGUGCACUAAACUGGAGCAUGAUGACAGCAAUCUAUAAGAAGAGAUGGGACUUACUGGAUCUCUUAGUUAUCUAGUAUAAAAUAAAGUUAAUAGUAAAACGUCGUAUUCGGUGUCACUUACAUGCUCCACACAUCAAUCUGCGGGCCGUAGUCCUUACGAACCAGAAGUUCGGGCGCGGCAUAUGCGGGUGAGCCACAUUGAGUUUUGCAGUGAUUCUCGUUAUGAGGAUCCGGCGAGUAGAUUGUGUUGCUCAGUCCAAAAUCUUUAAAAGAAAAUUGAAUACUAAGACCUGAGCACCAUAAAUAUUUGGGUUUCAGUGCGCGUUUUAUAUGCUGUUGACACUUAGUUUACAUGGUGUUAGAAAAUCGUUGGUCUGCAGAAAGUCGUCGGUUUUCUCCGGAUAGUCUAGCUUCGCGGUUAGGGUUAAGCCCUAAUUGCAUCUUCACUGUAGCUGUGCUCGAUGAUCAGACACGAGUCAUUUUAAGCAGGGUGUCCACGGGCCUUGAAAAUCCUGGAAAGUCCUUGAAUUAGAAAAAAAAAUAUCCAGGACUGGAAAAUCCUUGAAAAAGUCCUUGAAUGUCCUGGAAUUAAUUUCCUUAACCUCCAGCUGUGCCAACAUUAGUGAUUUUGAUUAAAAUUACUGAAUAAAGUGAAUUAUUUACUAGAAUUUACUGAAAAAGGGCCUUGAAAGUCCUGGAAAAGCCACCUUCACCAAAGGGUGGACACCCUGUAUAAGGUGGCUGCCAGAGGCACCCUUAGAAAACCUUCGACUCAAUCAAGUUGAUCUGUGUCCUUCGCAAUUCAGCUUAGCUCUCACAAAACGCAAGGUGAAUACGUAUACUUAUAGUCACUCCAUAAUUGUACAUUCUUUAAAGUUAACGGGAAUAAAAGCUGCCCCACUCGACACUCACCAAUUAUUUUGAUAUUUUUGUUCGCAUCCAGAAGAAGAUUUUCCACUUUUAAAUCUCUAAAUAUGGAAAAUAAAUUUUAAUAGCAUUAACCCUCUUUGUAACAAGAAGAGUAUUGACUUCACACUCUCGUAAUUUUCUUUGAUUGAAAACCUUGUUCUUACCUAUGCAUGAUACCAAGGCGAUGCAAAUACUCGACGGCGGAUAUUAUUUGUCUUAUAAACUUCCUGACUUCAUCCUCGUCCAAUCUCUUGCGUUUACAAAUAUGAUCCAUAAGAUCCCCUCCAUGAGCGAACUCGAACACAAGAUAGUAACAUUGUGAGGUCUCGACGAUCUCCAGCAGUUGUACGAUAUGCGGAUGACGGAUCAUUUGUAGAAGCCGCGCCUCGCGACGCAUGUUCUUUGACACAUAACGGUCUUUUCUCGCACGAUUUUUGUCGAUGAUUUUUAUGGCAACCUGGAAAAGAAAGCGAAUGUAUUUUUGUAUGCAAUGCCACUGCUAGAAGCUAUGCACUACACGAAUGGUUCAGAGGGUAGCUAAAUCCUUGUGCAAGGCAGAUGGGUGGUGCUCAGUAUAUUGGAUAGCUCUUUUUGUUCUAAACGAUUCUACCAAGAGAUCCAGUGAGUGUAAAUCCCCAGCACUUGGCAACUGGACUCUGGGGGCACUCCCCUCCACAGAAGCGUAUAAGGUAUAGAUACCAAGUAAAAAUCGUGCUCAAGAAAAUAUCUGAACACUCCCAACGGGAAUCGAACCCGUGUCUCCCGAUUGCCGGUAAAGUUGUUUUACCACUAGACCACAGGGUUUCAGACAGCAAUGCGAUGUUAAUUAGAGACCUGGUUCUAACUGAAUCUCUCUAAUCAAAUACGUAUAUGACCGUGUUUAUAUAUACCGGUAUAGACACGAUAUCACAGAUGAAAUUACAGCACCCUUGGUGCGAUGUUCGAAUGCUUCAUUAUACAGUUUUCUGAUUAUAAUUCUGGUCUCAUGCAGUUUCAUGUGAGAAGAAUACUUCCUGCCCGGCUCUGCCAAACACCACAGGCUUUCUUGGAGCAAUUCCGUUUUUUCCUGGGCUAACUAACACUAUUAAUAAGGGGUGCUCCUUAUUGGGCCUAAGGAUAAUCUAUAACUGAUAGCCAAACCAAUUCAUUGACCCUAACUGAGUUUGCUUAAUUUCAUGUCGAGACUUUAGGGGGAAUUAGGUUGGCAACAUAUGAUCACCUUUCGUAGCUGGUAAUCUUAGUUCUUUAAACUUUUUUGCCUCAAAUUUCAUGCAGUAUAUAUAGCCUGAAAUUUAUAGCCUGAAAUUUAUAGUCUUCGAAAAAUUAUUGUUACCGCUUUGUUACACAGUUAUUCAGCUGUCUUUCAAAGGUUGCCCCCCGCCCCCCCCCCCCCAGUAUCCACUGCUGUUGAGAUCUUUGGUGGUCUUCAGUUCUAUUUUGAACUCAGUAGGCUAUGAUAUUCCACUCAUUGAUAGUUAUGGCAGGCAUUCGAUCGUUAUCUUAAGUAGUAGACAAUAAUCUGUGAAGAUAGUCGUACUAUUCUUGCAAUUUAUCGAUAAGCCGUAUAUCAGGAAAGUGUCUCUAUUUUAGCAUUGGGGUAAUUAACAUAUAGUCGUUGCUGAUCUAUCUUUAUUGAGAAAUCAAACUUUCUCUAUUUGACAGCUUUAUGGGAGACUGUCUAAAGUUAUCGGCUACUACUAAAAAGCGAUACAGCGAUACAGCGAUACAGGAACCGGAACCUGGAACCGGAACCAGGAACCGUGCAUAAUUUAUGCAAAUUAGAGCAUUUUGCACCACAGGGGAUAUACAUAAUAAUAAUCUACAGGGGGGGGGAUUCAAUGAUAGUAUAAAAUAUUAUAUACAACUAACAAGGCAUUUUGAUUUUUAAGCAAAACAAAGAAUGAACAUCGUUGUACCACUUUUGCCUGUUUUGAUAUGACUGCAUGACACAUUUUAUUUAGCCCCCGCACUUGAUUAUGAAAUGCCAGCAGACAGAGAAUGAAACGACGGCACGCAAAGCAGAUUGCGCUGAAUUCUCGAGAAAUUAGAGUGUAGUGUAUGAUGCAAUCCAACCGAUUGAAUGUGCUAUAUACGCUGCCGCCGGAAUACGCGAAUAUUGCGAAUAUGCUGCAUCAGUACUAAAAAUAUCCGCUUGACUGGCAACGAUCACAAACAUGAAUGAAGUUAUGAAGGUAACUUCAAUGUCAAAAAUGCAUUUAAUAAUGAAAAAUUGAAAUGUCUGAUUGAAAUUCAGCGUCGAAAUUCACUUAGUCGUGUGUCUUACCCUAUAUAAUAUAGUACUAUCAAGUAUCGGAGUACGUCUAUAUGUUUUCGACGCUGAAUUUCAAUCAGACAAAUCAAUUUUUCAUUAUUAAAUGUAUUUUUUACAUUGGAGUUACUAUACCUUCAUAUAAACUUCAUUUAUGUUUGUGAUUGAUGUUCAAGUGGAUAUAUUUCGGCAUGCAGCACAUUUAUUUUAUUUAUUUAUAUUCGCUUCAAUGCUGGGUUGCAUCAUACACUACACUACACUCUAAUUACUUAAUUUAGCGCACAAUUGCUGCUGAAUCCAGCGCAAUCUGCUUUGCGUGCCGUGGUUUCCUUCUCUGUCUGCGGGCAUUUCAUGAUCAAGUGCGGCGGCUAAAUAAACUAAGUGUGUCACAUGCAGUCAUAUCAAAACAGACAAAAAGAAUGGCCGCGCAAUUACGAAACAUGUAGUGCUACAACGAUGUUCAUUCUUUGUUUUGUUUAAAAAUCAAAAUGCCUUGCAUAUAAUAUUGUAUAUUAUCAUUGAAUUGCGCCCCCCCCCCUUGUAAAUUAUUAUUAUGUAUAUCUCCUGUGGUGCAAAAUGCUCUAAUUUGCAUAAAUUAUGCACGGUUCCAGGUUCCGGUUCCAGGUUCCGGUUCCUGUAUCGCUGUAUCGUUGUAUCGCUGUAUCGCUUUUUAGUAGUAGCCAAAGUUAUCAACGUCUGAGCUGAGUAAAUAUUAAGCCAUGUUCAAGGAAAGAAUGUUCGGAUUUAGUCUGAACCUCAUGAGAAAACCGUUUAGACAAAACUAUUAGAUCUAUUCAGACCAAUAAGACCGGUAUUUCAGACACAUGCCACGACAGCUUAUUUGGAUUCGGGACUCCCACGUUUGAGAUAUCAUAGAGUGGUUCCUUAAGUGAGUAGGUACAGUAAUCGCUUUCGUUUCUCAUAAUUGUAAUAAUCUUUGAGAUUUUCUCUCUCUAGGUACUACACAGUACGUUCUAACCACCAGUGGUAAAAUAAACAUGAAUGAAUUAUAUGCAAGACGACCCUUGGUCUGAUGUCCAGUGAUGGAGAUAUUCAACUCUGUGAGAUAUCCUUUGAAUUAUAUUACCCAUACUGUGACGAUGAUUUACUGAUAAACAACAGAAAUAGAUCAAUGCUUUUAUGAGUUUUUUAUCUGUUGUUUGUUGUGAUAUUUUAGAAUCAUCCUCAGAGCUAGGGGAGUUCAUUUUAAGUAGACUUUAAUUAAGAAUGGUUGUAAACUCUUAUUGAAACACUGGAUGAAAAUCGUAACGAAUGUUACCAAUCUUUGCAGUGAUGACACUGUAGCCAAAUGAUUGUAACAGAGUUUGGGUCUAGGCCAAGAAAACAGUCAUCAUUUGGAUUAUUAUUUGAUCUCGUAUCUGACUAUUUGCCUGUCAAUGAUUAAUGAAUUUUCGGAACAACAGCGUUGUAGACUUGUAGUGCCUUACUGAUUACAAUAUUUUGCCAGUUGAGGCCAUCUCAAGUACAAUGUACAUAAUUUAACAAGCAUUUCAAAACAAAUAAUAACCACUGGCCGGCCGUUGUGCAUAGCGGAAGAUUCUUGGCCCAUCCUUUAGCUAUUGGUAAACACAUUUAGCUCACAAAAACAACAUAAAUUGCGCGAUCGGUAUCAGUUAAUUGCAAUAUCUUAAUACCAGGGAAUGUAUAUAGCAAUUAAAGUCAAUUGGCCCAAUACAAGACUCUUGAGGUUGAUUAAUAGUAAACAUACUUAGCUCACAAAAACAACAUAUAUUGCGCGAUUGGCAUCAGUUGAUUACGAUCCCCCUAAUACCGAGAAGUGUGCAUCGUAAUUAAAAUCAUACCGCCUCUCAUCCCGGCGAAAAAUAAUUGAAGCCCUAACUGGAAACAUAGUUAGCUCACGAUAAUAACAUCUAUUGCGUAAAUGAUAUCACUUAAUUAAGAUCCUCUUUAAUACCAGGGAG